GCCCCACGUGGGGUGGGGGUCCCGGGGGGAGUCGUGGCCCUUCGCAGUGGCCUCCCUGUGCCCGUGCGUGGCUGGGGCUCCGGGCACCCCGCUCUGCGCGCCCACCCUCCGCGCAGGUGACACCGGUCGAGACCCUGGCCCAAGGCUGGAUCCAGGGUGAGGGUGCGGGCCGCACACCCAUGGGUGAUGCCCUGACUGCAGGCGCCAUGGGGCCGGGCAGAGAAGGCGCCGGGGACCAGUCUGUGAUCUGGAUCAGCGAUGAGGAGGUGGACGCGGACCUGGGGGACUCGGUGCUGCUGGUGGAGCCUGCGGCCGAGCCGGGCCUGGAGGAGAGGCCCCCCGAGGAGCCCGUGGACGAAGACUGUGAACUCGUGGUGACAUUCUGCAAGAAGGGGAGCGUGAUGCCGCACGCCCGCCACGACUGUCCCAUCCACCCGUUUGAGAGGACAGAGAGCGAGCAGGCCUGCCCCGUGGGCCAGAAUGCCGCCACCUGCAGCCAGUGCUUCUGCUACAUCUGCGACGGGCCAGCCUCCGAGUGCCAGCUCUGGACCACACCUCUCCUGGGCCACUGCAACGCACACAACAGGAGCCAGUACUGGAGGACACAGCGAGGCAGGGCACUGGGCGGGAUCCUCGUCACCUUCAAUCUGGAACCCUCGGAGAUCAGCACACACCUGCGGAGGGGGGGAGAACGUCUGCUGCGCUUUGGGCAAGAGCUGGCCGAAGCCUACUCCCGCUAUCUCUGUGGAGAACCAGUGGCCUGCACGUGCUGGUCAGAGCCACACUCGCGCUGGUGUCCCGUCCGCCAGCAGCCCCAGGCACCUGUGUACCGGUACUCAGAGGUCUUCGAGGUGGUGUCGUCAUUUGUGAGCCAGGCUGAGCUGGAGCACCCCGAGGCGGCUGCCAUCAUGCUGCUGGGCACCGUCAAAGAACUGGCACAGCACAAGGACCCCUCUCUCACCUGGCGGAGUACCAGAAGCCCCGAGGCCCUGAAGUUGGCAGUACCUGUGCUCAUGGAGCGGAUCAUGCAGCAGCUACAGCGCCUGCUGGUACUCGGCGACCUGGCCCCCACCCUGACCGACAAGCUGACCCACUUCUUCCGCUCCGUGCCACUCCCCCCGCACUGCUUCAGCUUCACCAACUCUUUGAACGUCGUGCCGUGGGACCACAGGCUGCUGACCACGAUUCUAAGAGGCCAGAAAGUCGCUGGCCAUGCAAGGAAGAAGGGAAAGAGAGAGCUUCUCUGGGAGGCCUUCACAGUCAUCAGGGCCCGGGUGGACCGGCUGGAGAGCGCCGCACAGUACAGGGAGCUCGUGCGCUACCUGAGAGCUGUGAUGUGUGAGGACUCAGACAGCCUGCAAGAGCUCCUGGACAGAGUCCCUUUCUACCUGUGCAAGUGCGGGGACUUCGCAGCAGCGGCCGAGGCACUGCUGGCACCCACAGGUCUGGGCCGUUGCCCCGCCUCCCGGCUCCCACCCCCCCACUUCCGGAACUACCUCAAGAUGCUGCGGACCGGCAGCGUGCCUGAAGGCAGCGACCUGCGGGGUGCUGCCCAGUGGGCAGUCAGCAUCGGCCCCCCGGUGAAGGCCUGGGUGCUGGCCCGCCAGGCCCUGCGGAUGCUCCAUGGAAGCCCGGACCUAUAUGCAGACGUGCAGUGCUGGGGCACCCUGAUGAACCUGUGGGGCAGCAGUCCUGUCCUCACGCAGAAUGGCCACCUGACCCCACUGGCCCUGCAGACACCCUCGUCUUCCUUCCAGAGAGCAGUGCUGAACACGGCUGACAGGGUCCUGCACGAGCUGCGGUCUCAGGGGGCACGGGCCCAACCGGCCCUGCCCUCACAGCUCUUCUGCGGCCCGUUGGACCUAGAGGCCUGCCUGCUCCUAUGUGUCCGGGCCACUGUCCACAUGCUGACGGAACAGCCGCGCCUACCACCGAUGCUGGGCCUCCUCCUGGCCCUUGGGGAGAACGUGUGGGCACUGGAGGUGCUGCUAGAAGGCCUCACACACAAAGCUGCGGACGUGGCUGAUGUGCUCUUGCAGGACCUGAGUGACCAAAGGGGCAGCUUGCUGGAGGCGUGGCGGGCCCUGGGCCCUGGCUACGUGGGCCAGUUGCUGAGCCUAUUUCUGGGGUCCGAGAGGCAGGAAAUGCAGGCCGUUGGCAUCUCACUGUCUCACGUGGUCACAGAAAACCUAAGCCAGUGUCCCUGGGCCAGCGCACUAGACCUCAGUCAGCUCAGAAUUUUCAAGCGGCGGCAGCUGGGAGCGGCCAACCUCCUGCACCUGAGCAGAGCCCUGUCCAUCUUGGAGAAUCUGGGGCCCGUCAGAGGGGCCACAGUGGUGCUUGAGCGUCAGAACCAAGGACCUUCACCCCGAGCUCAAAGUGAGGGGCCCCGGAGGUGACAGGCAUGUCCCUGGGGACCGUGGGGGCACCUCCAGGCAGAGUCCCUGCUACUGCUUCUCCUGUUUUUUUGCACACACAGUUCAGAACUUAAGUCACUUUCAAGCUGUCAAAGACUACGAGACCCAGUCAGUGUUCCUGGGUUUUUUGUUAUUGUUAUUGUUGCUGUUGUUGUUGUUUUAGCUCUGACAGUGAAUAAAAGGGUUUUCUAGA